GAAACAAAACAAAAACAGCUGAUUAAGCAACCAACAGCUAGCUUACAGUUGUAAACAACAGAAAACUGCAAAACUAUUUAAACUGAUUGGACUAUACAUAUUUUAAGAUGCCUGCCCACUGCGCCGUGAUAAAUUGUAGUCAUAAAUAUGUGCACGCGGGCAGCAUUUCAUUUCACAGAUUUCCCUUCAAGCGGAAAGAUCUUCUACAGAAAUGGAAGGAAUUUACCCAAAGGAGUGGUCAGUGGAUGCCUUCGAAAUGGAGUGCGCUGUGCAGUCGGCACUUUGUUGAUGAGGACUUCAACUGUAGCCAUAAUCGGAAAACGCUGAAAAAGAAUGCUGUGCCAUCAAUUAGAGUUUCGGAAGAAGACUCCAUAAAUGGGCACUUGGAACAGUUGUCACCAAGCAAUAGGCCUACGCACAAGCAAACUCUCUCCAGUGCCGCUGAAUCGGCAGCAACAGGUGUAAAAGCCACCUGCCGCUUUUGUGGUUCGUCUGCCACCAAUUGCUCCUCGUUUGACAAGAGUUUUGAGCUCUUUGGUAUGAUCCAGAAGUGCUUUCCUACGCUACAGAUUCUUCAAGACGACACCUUGCCGAAGGAAAUAUGCCAGGAGUGCUGCGUGCAACUAGAGCGCUUUUCCCAGUUCAUCGAUGUGGUGAUGUUGGCGCAGAGUGAGUUGCAGAGAAAAUACCGCCGACAGCUAAAAAUCAAACAGGAACCCUUGGUUCGUGUGAAACAGGAGGCCUGCGAGAGUUUGGACAAUCUUUUUCCUGAUGAACUGGACAUGGGUUUGGAGCAGGACGAUGGCUGUGAUCAAGAAGAAACUGAACAAAAGUUUCAGUUCUGCGAUUUUCCUAUGCUAAAUGCCCAAGACAUUAUCAACAAUUGUGAUAUUAUGGAAAUUAUCAACCUAGAUGAUCCGUUUAUCAAUAUUCCCGACGACGCUGAUGUGGGACAGUCGGAGAGAUUACAACCUGGAAGAACAGUCAAUGAAAUGCUGCAAAAUGAACUGCUAACUGAAGAGCACAAUUAUGCAAAGGAGGAAUGGCAACUACCCCCGCAUCAGUACAAAACGGAAAAGGUGGAGGGAGCAGAUGCUGUACCAGACGCCGCUCCUCCGCCUGCUGACCCACCUCCUCUUCAGGAUAAUAUAGCUCCCUCAUCAGCUCCCGAACCGCGCUCAUGCAAACCCAUUGUGACCAAUGUAAGCCAGAUACCCAACCCACUGAUCUGCGAACUGUUGCCACCGCCUGUUCCACCCACGUCCGUCAAACCCAACAUUGUGGUGCUCAACGAUAGUGUGGUUGAAUCUUCAGCUGCUUUUCGGCUUCACAACUGCACCCUGUGCACUGCUAAAUUUAUAACAAUUGAUAGCUUAAAUCAGCAUUAUGCCCACAGUCACGGUAAUUCCACUCCCAUGGUUAGUGUUCCUCCAAUGAAUAUAAGCCUGCCCAGCUUGACUAUUAACCCUCCAAUGAAACUAGAGAGCAACAGGGGAUUUGUGGCCACUGAACAAUUGGAAUACUGGCAGUCAGAGUGGCAUAAUAGUCCUGUAUCCAAGCAACCUAGAAAAAAGAUUGAUAUACUGGACAUGCAGAGUAGCUUCCUGCAUCACAAAGACCUUAUACCGACAGCCACUCAACUGUCAGCACCCACACCUGAUCCUCAACUGGUUGCAGCGUCUGCUAGCUACGCUAAACUGGCUAAUAGGUAUCGUAAGUUGCAGCUGAAAUGCAAAAACAUGAAAACUCCAAGGAAGCUGCAUAGAAAAGCUUAUGCUUGCCGGAUGUGCAGGAAACGAUUUUCCAGCUUCAAGAACAUACUCCACCAUCGUCGCCAAGAAGCACACUUUGUAAAGUUAAUACCUAAUUUUUCAGGACGCUGUUGUGGUUGCCUGAAGUUCUUUCGAUCCCGCUUGGGUCUUCGCCAGCAUAUGCGAUACAUAUGUCAAUCGUUGUCGCUCAAAAACCAUCGGCGCCUCCAGAGCUUCAAGUGUCGCCACUGCCAGGCCAUUGCCUUUACCCACUGGCGCCUGUAUCGUCGUCAUGAAGUCAAUUGCAGACCAAGAAAGUCGAAAACGAAGGUGCAGACUGCUAUGAAUUCAAAAAAGAAAGUUACGCCCGCCCAAAUAUUUGAGUGUAAUAUUUGUAAAAAAUCAUUUGGGUCGCUCAACGGACUCCGCCAGCAUAAUAUUACCCACUCGACGGAACGGCAACACAAGUGCGGCAUCUGUCAGCGGGUCUUCAAGCGACGCAACGGACUCUCUCAACACAUCAAGGGGUACCACCUGCAGCUUAAGCCGCACGAGUGUCCUGCCUGCCAGCGUCGUUACGCCCUGAAAUGCGAUAUGCUGAGGUGCAGGCAUUCCCUCCGAAAAGGUCCAGCUGCCGGGGAGUGACUGGAAGCCCUGGAGAUGACUCACAAUACAAUUGGACAAAGAAAUGGUCUCACUAGUAACAGUAUUUACUUAGGCAAAUGCUAUGAUCUUUGAGGUAAAACCAAUUUGUUGUUCUAAAACUAAGUGCGAUGCCACUACAAUUUUCGUUCGUCAGGAAUCUGAUCUGGAUCUUUAUGUCAGCACUAAACCUAAAGGUACUCCAUGUGGCACUUAGUUGGUGGCCUUCCAAUAAAGCACGCAACGUGAUAAAGGGUUCCCAGCGGGAAGGAAAUUGGUGCUAGUCAAGGUUACUUGUAAUAAGUAAUUUUACUUAAUUAAACUAUCGCUUCACUGAGCAGGAACAAGGUUUCGUAGUUUU